AUGAAGAUGAACAAGGAAACGAGAAAAAAUACAAGUCCAGCAGAUAACAAAGAUCCAGGAGAUCAAAACUCUAAGAACAGGAUGGCUAAAAGAAAGGCCAGUCCUGAAAGGAAGACCCCCUCAGACACUCAUGAGGUCAAAGGAGUGAAGCGUAAGGUCCAGCAAGAUGGAGCGGGCACAGCCAGUCCAGCAAAGAAGCCUAAACUUGCUGAGCCUACGAGUGGUGACAAGGAGCAAGCGUCUUCCUCCUUGGACGCUGGUAAAGGUGAAUUCCAGGCCAGAUACGUGGAGGAGCACCAUCUUGGAGGAGGCGGCUGUGGAGCAGUGUUUGCUGGCUACCGGAUAACAGAUCAUUGCCCAGUAGCCAUCAAACACAUUCCCAAGGACAGAAUCCCCAUCAAAGUGACGGGUGAAAACGGGAAGCGGGUCUCGGUGGAAGUGGCCAUUAUGCUGAAGCUUGCAGCUGAAGCAGAUGGACCAGUGGGAACGUCAGCACCCGUGUCUCUGCUGGACUGGUUUGACCUCGGCACAGAGCUGAUCCUGGUGCUGGAGAGACCUGUCCCCGCUGUGGACCUCCUGGAUUACAUAACAGAAAAUGGAGGAUGUUUACCAGAGGAAAAGGCCAAGGUCAUUCUGAAGCAGCUGGUUGAUGCAGCAAAGGACCUGGAGGAUAAACACAUCUUUCACCGGGACAUCAAGAGCGAGAACAUUCUGAAUGAGACCGGCUCAGAUGUGCCUCGUGUUCGUAUCAUCGACUUUGGACUGAGCUGCUUUGCUAAGGAGCGAUCGGUGUACCGCCUCUUCUAUGGUAACAUAUUCAGCUCCUGCUCUUCACACAUGUACACCUAUUCACACCCCUCCCGAAUGUUACGGACGCAAAAAAUACAGGCUGGACCCACCACGGUGUGGCAAAUGGGAGUGGUGCUGUAUGAAGCGCUUCAUGUGGGGGACUUUGAUACCAUGACGUUCCUCCAAAAGGAACUGAAAUUCAACAAGGAUCUGUCCCCACACUGCCGGAAUUUCUUGGACGCAUGUUUAACCAACGUCCCGGAGAAGCGCCCAACGCUGGGGGACCUCCAGCUUCACCCCUGGCUCAGAUAA